AUGGGAGUCUGGGGCAAGGGAGGUUGGGGGGAGAGGGAGAGGCGUGAGAGGGAAGAGGGCGAGGGGGGUCUGGGAAAGAAGGAAGUGGGGGAGAGAGAGGUAGGGGAGCGGGAGAUGCAGAGGCGGCGGCAAGCAGUGCUGUGGAGUGGAGUGAUCACGGCCUUGGGCAUCAGCCUGCACAACUUCCCUGAAGGCAUCGCCGUCUUCCUGGGGUCCAUGAAGGGUCUGCGGGUGGGAAUCAGCCUAGCAGUAGCCAUAGCGCUACACAACAUCCCAGAGGGCCUGGCAGUCGCCCUCCCCAUCUACUUUGGCACGCGAAGCCGCUGGGCUGCCUUCCGAGCCGCGGCUCUCUCGGGGGCUGCAGAGCCCCUGGGGGUGGUCUUUGUGGCCCUCUUCUUCCCGGCCUCACUCGCCCCGGAUAUCAUUGAGGGGCUUCUUGCUGGCGUGGGGGGCAUCAUGGCGUUCCUUGUGCUACACGAGAUGCUGCCUCUGGCCUUUGAGUACGCGGGGCAUCGCAGGGCAGUGCAGGCCAUGUUCCUGGGCAUGGCUGUCAUGUCUGCCAAUCUGCACCUCCUCGCACUUUCCCUCCCGCCUGACAUCUCCCUGUGA